ACGUACACUGCGUACUCCACGUGAGUCCACGAUAAGACUGAUAAGACUGGUCGUAGGAUUCGCCCAUGAAUCAUCGGAUGUGCCGGUUUUGAUCUGAAAUGAUCAGACGACUCAUUUGAAGUUCGGCUGACGGCAGACCUAGAGUGGUUGGGGUACGUUUUUCAGCUGUCACCGCUGACAGCCGCCGAGGUACAGAAAAGGUGCGAUGUGAUCGGCCACCUAACACUAGCUCUAGCCGCUCUAGCACAGGUGCGCGAGCAAGUUGUCAACUGUGGGUGAUAUUCAAUAUAUUCAUGCAUUCGCAGUUGGUGGUACUUUGAUUGAAUAUUGUGUAUUAAUAUACUGUCAAAGCUGCAGCGAACACUCGAGGCGAGUAAAGUGAAUGCGCAAAGAAAACGAAUACAGUGUAUGGGAACGUAGUGUAAAGCUGUAAAACCGUGAAGGUGUGACGAUCAAAAGAACGACUUUGGGCUGUGCCCUUUGGUAUUCACGGGGUAUGUCAAGAUGAGUGCGCAGUACAGGCCUUACCGUGAUGAAGACAGUGCUGCAGACAGCGAGCCCAUGACAUGGCAGGAACAAGAGCCAGGAUCAAUUCAAAUUUACGAGAAGACUACAGAGGAUAUACGCGUGGUUUCCCACCGGCACCUCGUUGUCGGGGGCAUUGGUGUGGCCCUUAUAGGUGUACUAGCUGGCCUCUUGGUUGGUUAUUUCGCUCAUACGCAGCACGCUGAAUGCGUACGCGGCAAGUCCGUUGCAAUCCACGCAGUGUACGACGCUGACCCGACUGUAAGGGCGCGGUUACUUCCUUUAACAAGUGCAGAACGCAUCGGCAAUACUGUUAGGGAGUUCUUGUCACCAGAAGGCGACAGGGAACUCCAAUUGGUAAAGAUCAUCCAUGACUCAUGGUUGAGGCACGGACUCGAGUCAGUCUGGGUAGAUUCUUACAACGUCCUGCUGUCCUUCCCGGAUGAAUCUCGACCCACUAACUUCACAGUCACCGAGAGUGUGCUCGGAAAGGCACUGUUUCGUUCCAACCUCAGCACACCUGACUACAGACCAUAUGUAGCUUAUGCUCAAUCGGGAGAAACUACGGGGCCUAUUGUGUAUGCAAGUCAUCUCCGUAACCAAGACAUUGACUUCCUUCACUAUAAUAAUGUGACCCUUAACGGGUCUGUGCUUGUGGCUCGACUUGGAAGCUUUCCCGUUCAACACCAGAUUGAAAAUGCCCUGCUGGUUGGUGCAAAUGCUCUGAUCCUGUAUCCGGACCCAGCUGAAUAUCAUCCCGUACAGGAAGGAAGCUCUUGGUGGCUGCCCAAAGACGGCAUACACACCUUAUCAGCUUUGGCUGAUGCGUUUGGAGAUCCUCAAACCCCUGGAUAUGCUGCUACAAGCACUGCUUACAGACCACCUGAGCAAGUCCUACCCCUUCCUCAGAUACCCAUCCAGACAGUCAGUGCUACUAUUGCUUCACUGCUGAUCAGGAACCUCGGCGGUCCCCAGGCAGACAAAACAAUGUACGGCCAGUUCCCAGGAAUAGAGUACCAUACUGGCCCAGGACCUGCAGUUUUACAUCUGAAUGUCCACAACAUUCUGCAGAACCACUCUGUCGACGACGUGAUUGGCUUCAUACGCGGUAAAGUUGAGCCAGACCGUUAUGUAAUAGUGGGAAGCGCCCGUGACUUAUGGAGCCAGUCGCAAGUUGGAGGCAUGGCAGUGCUUCAGGAACUUACAGCAGUGUUUGGAGAACUGCUCCAACAAGGAUGGCAUCCCCGUCGUUCUAUCCUGUUUUGUAGCUGGGGAGGAGAAGGCUUCAAUUCAGUUGGCUCAACAGAAUGGCUUGAGGAACACAUGAAAAUAUUGCAUGGUAGAGCUGUUGCAUACAUUGAUGUCAGCACACCUGUUCUUGGUUCAUCUUCGUUGAGUGUGUCAGCCUCUCCUCUGCUGUACCAUACAAUCUUCAAUGCAACAAAACAGGUGCCGGAGCCGAAUAGUGAAUCGCUGAGCGUGUACGACAAAUGGGUUUCUACCUUCUCCAUUCGACGCAAUUUGUCGAGGCUGCUGUUCCCUUCGAGUGCCGUAAACAUGGCGAGCGACGUCCCUGACGAUGACAGUGGUGACCUCCCAACUUUCUUGCUGGAUCCGACUCCAAAGGGGCUGCUUGAAAAUUAUUUACAUGCUGCGAUGCUUCCACUGAGGCCUGCUGUGAAGCCUUUGGAGAUGCGAGGUGGCUAUGCAUCGUUCUUCACAAGAGCUGGAAUCCCUGUAGUUCAAAUGACUUAUGUGGAUGAUUUGCACGUGAAGACGUCACCUUCCAUUGCGUAUCCAAGGUAUCGUACACAGUAUGAUACCUUCGAUUUUAUCCAGAAUGAAAUAGACCCUUCCUUGAAAAUCCAUCGAGCAGUCACUCAAGUGGCAGGGGAGCUGCUCAGAGACUUGGCAGACUCAAUGUUCCUUCCCUUCAAUCUGCUGGACUAUGCUCAACUGCUGAAAGACCUCUACUUUAGUCUCCACAUCCACAUGGAGAGUAUCACUCAAGGACAUGGCAUUGAUUUGAGUGUUCUGGACGGAGCUAUUCAAAACUUCUCAGCUGCAGCCUUUGCUUUUCAUCAACGCCAAAGUGACAUGGACACAUCUGAUCCAAUGGCAAUUCGGAGGGUCAACGAUCAGUUGCUUCUACUCGAGCGAGCCUUUUUAGACCCUGUGGGCUUGCCUCGUAAUAGCUUUAAGAAGCACAUUGUGCUCUCUCCAAGCGAGUCACCAUCGUACCUUGACGAAAUGUUCCCGGGCAUCAUGGACGAAUUCAUGUUGCUGCUUCAGAAGGUAGGGCGUCCAGACGCUCCACAUUUGCACAUACAAGUGCUGCAACAGCACUACCUGGUGCUGGUUGAAACGAUACAGCAAGCAGCUGAUUCCUUGGCAGAUGUGAUACCGUCCUGAUUAGUCGGGGUUGAAAGCCAUACAUCUCUACACACGCAUGCAGAAAGAGGGAAAUGAUUAGUUGAAGUGUAUGAUGGUGGGUUGUGACGCAGAGAAGGUGGGGAUAAGGUGAAUACUCUGCGUGCACGAUUAUGGCACAGUGCCAAAACUGCUAUUUGCCACUAGUGUGGCAAGCUAGGUGUCUGUGCUUGUUUCCUAUAUCCCAUCGCGGGAUGGUACAUCUACGUGUAGAGUGUGCGUAGAGGUUAGCAUACCAGUGUUUUGGUAUGCUACGCGUAAACCUUACUGUUCCUGUGCAACUAUACCGAAAUUUAUUGUAAACAAGUACAGUGUAGACUGUUUAUAGUAACAAGCUCAGCAGAGCCAAAAAACAGGAAACAGUAAUUUUUUCUCUUUUGUUUAUUUUUUAUUUGUGCUAAUGGCCACAUCUCUAUUGAAUCGAAUUUAAUCACAUAUUAUACGUAGACAGGGUCUGAGGUUUUCGGGAAAUAUUUUUUUAGAAAAUUUGGGGCGUAAAAAUCGGGUGAGAAAACAGCAGCUGGCAAUUCAGGUGAAUUUGAGUGUGAAAUUUCUGGAAUGAUGUGAUACCGGUAAAAACCGUGUUUAUUAGUCUUGUGACACAUAUUACAAAUCUAAUAAGAAAACUGCUUCCAAGCUAAGUAGUAAUAUAACACUGUCUGCUACAAAAUAAGGAGGGUGUUCAAAGGACCCUGAUAAUUCAAACCUGCAAACACUAGUUCAAUCUAAACACUUGAUUUCAAAAAGCAUUGCACUCAUCUUUGCACUGAUUUUGCUUUCGUUUCCGCACCGAAGUAGGAAAAGUGAACAUCGGAUCUGUUGUGUUCGGUGAUUCAUCGGCAAUUGUGCUCAACUUUUGCUCCCGAUACGUUCCUUUUCUGAACUAUCGUUUCCUUGUUGAACACCCCUCGAGGUGCCUGUCACAAAGUUGCUUGCCGCUGGGCAUUGUUUUGGCCGCGGGACAGUACGUCUGAAAACUCGAGUCUCCAGCAGUUUUCUUGCUAUGACCCAUUAUUACUAGAGCCUGAAGUUUUUGGGAAACAUUUUUUUCUAAAUUCGGGGGGUAAAAAUCGGGUAAAUAAACGUGCACUAAAUUCAUGCGAAUUCGGGUGAAAAAACUUUCAUUACGCUAAAAUCGGGGAGAAAUCGGGCUCAGUUAUUCAGACUAACUGUAGCGGUUUGGUACAAACGGUGAUGUAACUGCAUUUUUCUGCCAAACAAGUAAGUUGGUGCAUUCCUACAGACAUCCCAGAGAGGGCAAUUUUCCUGGUAAAAAUCGGGUUUCACCCUAAAGAGGCAACCUUCAAUUCGGGGUGCAAAUUCGGGGAAGAAUCGGGUAAAACCCUAAAACUUCAGGCUCUAAUUAUUACACCGCAGGACAAGCUCACUAGUGAACUUAUUCAGCGAACGCAUGAGCGGGCACGACAGAAUGCGGCAUGUGGAACGGCCGGAAGCCACACGCACCACCAUGUGACGCUUUACACUCUCGGCUGCAGUGUCUCCUCCUUUCCUCGAUGGACCUUCCCUCUCUCCCACUACCACUGUCGUGUGUUGUGGUUCCGGGGGCGCGCGACAAAAAGCCCCUCCAAUUCGGCGAGAAGAGGGUGGUUAACCUGAAUCAUAAAUGUGGGAUCUGGGGGGGAUAAAUUCGCGGGAGAACUGGGUAAAACCUGAAAACCUCAGACCCUAGAGAACACUGUAUUGUGCACAGUGCAGUUCUGGAACUUCAGACAUAUUCACCUUUUUAUGGCACUGUCUGGCUAAAGUGUCUUGAAGGACAUAGCUAGCAUUAAGACAUUGCAAAAGCCAUUAGCACUCCUUAGAAUAUAGCCCAAGAGAACACUUCCCUGAUGUCUACGACUAGUAGCACAGAGGGUUGCCUAGUGUUGCUACUUUCCUUCUUGCUGUUUGAUUGUUUUAGGGACACAUAUACCAAAAAACAUUUGUAUUCAAACAAAUUGUUAUUUUGGGGCUCUGUCUACUUAAUAAUCGUGAGGAGGGCCAGUUCGCAUGAAACAAGAAUCUCCUUUUAGUUCCUCAACUUUCCCCAUCCGCAGAGGCUGCUAAGCGUGGAAAUGGAAUGCUUUCCACAUUCCAUAAUUUGAGCAAUUCCAUCAUCAUCUCAUUUAUUGGACUACGUUACAACCAGCCAGAAAGUUAAAACAUUUGCUACAUCAGUAGGAGUUCAGCAACUUCUGGCUGCUUUUCUUGGCUCAUUUGCUAUGCUCGUUGCCAUAUUGCUCAAUGGCAGAGUCCCCUGAUACAUUUAAUAAUAAACAUUCCUUUGCAGUGUAUUACGCUCAUAUUUGUUAACGUAAUGCGUCUUCUUUGGUAUUGGUAUCAUGUCUUUGAUGCUCUUGACGUUGGCUAUAAACACUCUGCACUGUGCGUACAGAAAUAAGAAUAGCCUUUGGAUAUCAAAGCAAUAUGGAAUAGUAACGCAAAAUAAUUUAUAAGCACCUGUGCAAAAGAUACUUGCAUACAUAGAACAUGUCUAGAACUACAUGCAGAAUUGUGUUUAGUAGUACCUUAGACCUAUUUGGCUAUAGUAGCUGGGCUAUAGUGAAUUUUCAGAUCAGAAUAGAGUUGAAGGGGAAUAAUAAUUUUAUAUAAAUAACUUCGCAUAAAAUGGAUUCAAUAUCUCGGAGAGAGAGAAGGGAAAAAAUGUUCAUUGCUGUGACAGGCUGGUCCCUCAGAGCUAUAUGCAAGAAAGUUAUGAACGGUGUGCAGCACAUCGAUGAAGAAGGCUUGAAACCAACCAUCAUAUUUUGUUCAGGUUAUUUGUGCUAAGCACUAACACAGUUACAAGGUGUAGAUACACAUUAGAACGAAAACUUGAGUGUCUCAGCAUGUGAUAUUGCUUUAGAAGCAUACCAGGUGAUUGUGCCUUUGAGGUGGCUGAUGCCCUGCAGGUAUUCACAAGCAUUUCUUCUAAUGGGAGCAAAUAUGGGAUAUAUAGAUAAAUAAAACAAAAACCUAUUUAUGUUUCGGUUUUUAAUUUUUUUGCAGGAAAUAGCAAAUUUUUGAAUUUUAGGGUGUAAUGCAGCACAAGGGGGUUUCAUUCCUGACUUGGCUUUGAGCUUACAAAUGUAAUGACUAAGUGACUAAACUUACAAGAUUUCCAGAGCAAAAUAGUGUAUGAUAAGCUUGAGGUGUACUCGAGGCAGCUAGGUAAAGUUGAAAGCUGAAUAUCUGGUGAAACUGAAUGAGGUGCUGAAGGAAGGUGCAUCCUCAGGGUGGAUGUGCGAUACUGAAAUGCGUAUAGCACAGGGUUGAUGUUAUACAUUUCGAUUCAGCCAUCAUUUUCCUGCAGAUCCACACAUUACAGAAUGUUGGCUUGCUUGCAUUAGAUGUAACAAAAUUUUUGAAAUGAUCUCCUCUAAAGAGAAGGAUAGAUACAUAUUUUUAGACAUGUUUCCUGCUUGUCACAUACAUCACAUACAGUGCACAUCUUACAUAAAAAUAACAAAGCUUGAAAGGGCAUAUUUUAAAAUUUUAGUUGAGGCUGUUCCCCUGAGCCAUCCUUCAUUUGAGGAAAUUAAGCCUAUGCUACAACAAAACCACUUUUUCAGUGUCAAAAAGUGAAAAGCCUGUUUGUGGACAAAAAGUGUCUAUGAAGUGUGAUAUCCACAAAUACUGUUAGUUCUUAUGUUAUUGUAUAGAAAAUCAGCUUAUCUUUUAUAUAUGGCAUCUACGAACUCCCCCAAAACAGUGUUGACCAUCAUGCAGGGAAUGCAAUUCCUCUAAUCGGUGCAUUUAUCAACACCGUUUAAUAUCACAACGCAAUGCAGUGCAGUUAUUGCACAAAAUGUGAAGCGAGACAACAAGGAAGGUCCGAGCUGUGAUGAUAAUAUGAGGCCAGGAAUAUUGAGCAUUUUUAUUUGUAUAGUAGAAACUUGAAAUGUUGGCAAAAAAGGUGAGAAAAAUUGGUGCGAUCGAGAUCCUCCUCCAACCCUCUCAGGUAUGCCCCUGAGAGCUAGGUGUACAUUCCAACAUUCGUUAUUGCAUGUGUUGGGAAGGUACGCAUGUGCUUCCUUGGGCUUGCAUUUAUAGCUGCUGUUAGAAGCCUGCACAUGUUUUACUGGAAUGCACUGCUAUGUGGUCCUUGCCACACACACACACACACACGUGUUGGCACAUGUUCACACAAGCUGGGCACAGUAAGUCUGUUUCCAUGGAGUGCUUUUCUUGAAUGAAUGAAUUUCCCUCUUUUCUGUGCUUCCCGCAUAAAAUGAGUUGAGGAUCGUCAAAUGUGCCUGAGAGUAUCUUAAUGCCAGCUAUUGUGUCAUGUGGCAGUGGACCUCUUUUCUAAUCUGGUCACAACCUGGGGGCUCUUCGCAAAGUAUGUACGCUUCUCACUCACCAAAGCAAACUCACGUGUGUAGCCAGCAAGUUCUGACUUCUCGCUGAUUGUUGUGUCCAGCUAGGAUUACAUAGAACAUAGACCUGCAUAGAGCACCAUCUGUUGAGUACGGAGAGGACUUCCAAGGUCAUGAGAGCCUUGUGCAUGCACAUAAGCAGUUAGGAAAGAGGUCAGUUGAUGCUUCUGCUCUUUAAGGGUCACUUAAGUGCAGAGUUUCUCGUCGAAUCCUGCACUUGGGAACCGAUUAUGUCGAACUCGUGUCUGCAAUAGUGUCUGCAGGUGUGUUAGACAUGCCAGAAAAGUGCCUAGUUGCAGAAAAAUGCUAUCAGCAUCGAAACGGUAGCAUUUAAAGACUGCCACCUGCUUGGGGUUUCCGUGAGUCUCCCGUAUCGAAGAUAACAGCACACACAAGUUAAUUUUCCUGAUACAGUCUUGCAUACAUACAUACAUACAUGUGCUAACGUGUUAAUAAUUAAUGUGGUACGAUCUCUGAUUGUAGUGUGAUGACUAAUAUAACUAAUAUUGGUAUGCGGUGUUUCUAUGCUGCACACCCUUUACUAAACUUGUUAUCAUUAACAUUCACCACAUGAUUUUGCCAUGGUUACCUAGUACAUUUGUCACCCCGUAUUUAAUAGCCUAGAUGCUUGUGACGUGCCUCAGUAAGAAAAGCUUGUAGUCCGGUGAAUUGUGUAGAGGGGUGUCUCCUGAUCUGCAUCACAGUUUUAUACACAUUCCUGCAAGGGAACUAAUGGGCAUAUGCUAUGUACCGUCCAAUUGUUAGAACCAGCAUAUUGUUGUUCUCUGUUCUUGUAAGUUGUGUUGUUGUGUCAGUGUCCAAGUGAGACAAAGCUAUUUGGUAAAAGCAUAAUCUUACAUGUGUAACCAAAGCACACUGUGAUGUUUGUAGGAUUGCAGCUGCUUUAUUUGUUUUAAUCUCCUUCGAUAUGAAACCUGCCAUUUACGGCACUAGUUUUGCACACAUGCUUUUGUCCAUAUUCUGAGUAUGUGCACAGCACAUAGCAGUGCCUUUUGUUUCUUUUUGAACAGCGUUUGGGUACCCCUGUUGUUUUUACCAUUUUUAACUUAAAUGUACGUCUUAUUUCAGUAAUACUCGAGCUUAGGCAGCAUUCCACGCCCUAGCAAUAUCGUGAAUUGCGAGGUUAUAUAAUGACACAUCACAUACAUUCCAUUUUCACAGCCUGUCAUAUAGGUGCUCAGCACUCUCUUCAUCAUUUUUAAAAUAACCUAUUUUUUAUGUGCCUCUUUGUAACACAUUGUAGAAGUUUAUCAUUUGUAUUGCUCAGUCAGAGCUCUUUGAAGGUUCUGUUGGCAUUAAAAUUUUGCACUUCUUA